UGGCAAACCGGAGGUGCGUCAUUCACCCGCGACGCCGAUACGGUUCCUCCACCGCGGCCCAUGCGAAGGUUCCUACUAUGGCUUCCAGCGGGGUCCCGGUGAGCGCUGCUGGCUCGGCUAAUGAAACUCCCGAAAUACCAGACAACGUGGGAGAUUGGCUUCGGGGCGUCUACCGCUUUGCCACAGAUAGGAAUGACUUCCGGAGGAACUUGAUAUUAAAUUUGGGACUCUUUGCUGCGGGAGUUUGGCUGGCCAGGAACUUGAGUGACAUUGACCUCAUGGCACCUCAGCCAGGGGUGUAGCCAAGUAGACAAAUGGAAUCCUGUGCUGAACCCGAAUCUUCCAAAAAACAGCCUACAAUCUGUGACCACCACAAGAUGUGCCCUGAUGGCAGCUGAAGUUUGAUUCAGAUGGGCACUUUCUUCCCUCUCCCUGCCUAGUUUCCUUUUGUUCCUUGAGUCCAUGCAGAAUUCCAUUCUCUGGUCAGCAGACAGGCUUAAGCUAAAGUAUGGCCUCUGUUCUAUAAAGUUCUGUACAUAGUUCCCAAGCUUCUGCAGGGGGUGAUCUUUGCUCUUGUCCUGAGAAAUAACAGUGCUGUUUUAACAAACAUUUGAAAUAAAUACCACACACAAAGGCA